GAGGAAGAGGGGCCAGCCCAGACAAGUAACCAGAAAGACCCAGCUGUGAGCUGAGCUCAGGGCAGGAGUAGGGAGGGGUCCAGGGACCCCAUCCCUGUUCCCUAGUACCAUCGCUGAGCGGCCAUCAAGACCCCUUUCCACCGGAAAGAAAGGGAGCAGGCUGGGAAGGGUUGUGGGAAUACUUGGCGAGGGCCAGGAAGCAGACAGAGUGAUGAGGGAGAGGAAGGACCAGCAGAUGGGCCCCCAAGCACGGUGGGUCCCGUCAGACACAGGAGUGGGAUGCGAGGACAGGGCUGGGGGCUCGGAGCAGGGAAGGGGCAGUAAGAAGGCUGGAGUGAGGCUGGAUGGGACCCAGGACCUCGUAGCCUGGGGACGUCCAAGUCCCCUCCGACAGGCAGCCAGACAUCGGCAUUGCCUCUUGUGCCUCAGCUCUCGUGUGUGCUGGAAAUGGCGAGCUGUGCUCAUGGAAGGUCAGUGUGAGCUGCGGUGGAGGAGAGAUUGAGAGCAGCUCUCAGGGGCCCUCAGAACACUGACCGUGCACACGAUCCCUUUGUCCCCCCAUCGCUGAGCAUCCCCUGCGUGCCGGGACUGAUAGCCUAUCGAUUUUUACAUCCUACGCCCAAUAGCAGCGUGUACACACGGUGGGAAUGAACGACUACCUAGUGACUAAAUGCAUGCAUAUGUCUUGUUUAUGGAGCCUCAAUAGGAUUCCGGUGAACUCUGGAAAUCUGCAGUUCCUCCCCAUAAGCCUAAAAUCGAUGGUGUUAUUAAAAACAGGAGGGCGUUCCACUGCACGUUUCCUGAGUGGUCUGUUUCUCUCUCUCCAGGUGCUCUCUGUGGCAUGCCCAGACCCUCUGCCCGAAGGGGAAUCCGUCACGAGUGAGCGAGGCUGUGUCCCCGCGAGCCCAGGACGUGGCGACGAGCUGAGCACCAUGGAGAAGUUCAGCUCCUUCUUCAGUGACAUCUGGGACACCAUCCUGACCAAGCACCAGGAGGGCCUCUUCAACAGCGUCUGCCUGGGCGUGGUGCUGGCGCUGCCGCUACUGGUGCUCCUCGCCCUGGUCUUCGUCUGCUGCUACUGCUGCUGGAGCCGGCCGGGCAAGGGCCAGCAGCCGGAGCACGGCCCGGGGAGGAAGAAGAAGAGGAGGAAGAAGAAGGGCGAAGAAGACCUCUGGAUCUCCGCCCAGCCCAAGCUCCUGCAGAUGGAGAAGAGGCCAUCGCUGCCGGUCUAGUGGCGCGGGCAGCAGAGGGUCCGCCUUCCAACGACACACGGGGCCUGGAGCGUCACACACGUGUCCACGGAGGAACUUCUCAGCCAAAGAGCAAACCUCAGACUGAGUGUCCCCAGGGAGGGCACCCCCAGGGAGCCCGGGGACAAUGCAUGGGCACUGGCUGGGCAGCUAUGUGUCCAAUAGCAAUGCUCUCUGCUCCAGGUUCAGGUGUGCUGCCCGCCUACUUCUGGCACAGUCCAUACGCCAAAGCACAGGGAACACGUAUCCAUAACCAUCUGGGCUCACCAUGCACACGACACACAUGCAGCACAGUAUCUGCUCUCGCAAAACCAUCUCAGGAGGGCCUGGCCAGAUUCGGGCGCAGAUGCACAAUUACACGACCGGGCAAGGUUACAAACUCCAUACCUGCUCCAUGUACUACUCAGGUUACAGAUGUAUGCUUCCUACUCUGCUCCCCACAAACCCUCCUGCUGCGAAUCCUCAUCCUCGGACGUCUCAGCACCUGGCAUAGUGCCCUUCGCAGUUGUUGAUGCAGACCCUCCAGCUCCUGUGCUCCUGACCCCUCCCCGAGGAGGGCAAGUUUAAAGUGCAAUGGAUCCGAAUUCAUCGGAAGCUAUGGUCUCACAAGGUCCUCAUCACCACCGGUCGGUGUUGAACGUGGUCCAAGACCCCUCGUUGAGACGCUCCACGCAGAGCCCCUCAGGAAGGCUCCUUCUCCACACAGGAUGGCAGCUCUGGGUGUGCCUCCUAGAGAGCUAUGGGAACCAGGUGACUGAGGCUGCUCGGCCCACUCCACCCGGUGCACCGUCCCCUGCAACGCAGAGGUGGAAGGAGACGCCCCAGCUGAGCUGGGCAUCCCCCCAGAGUCAGAGGCUUUCAGUGGGGAAGGAAUGAAGACAUCGCCGACACAGCCUCGCAGAAGGCACACUGGAAGCGACGGGUGGCAUGCCGAGGGUGGGAUGCCGGAGAUUCAGACUUGAAGCGAAAGCAGGAUGAAGCUAUAUAGAGGUUUAUUAAUAUUUAUCUUGAAGCUCAGGCAAGUGCCUUGCGCACAGUGGGUACUCGUAACUGUCUGUGGACGCUGUUGGGUAUGUGAUGACGUUAAGGGUAAGCUGUAAUACCUCGCCAGUUCCCCCAAGUGGCCUUCUAAGUGAGCCCCCAUCGCUGCGAGGGUGGAGGUGGGUGUCGCAUUCUGCAGAACCAGGGGGUGGGUUGGCACGUGGGCCCCGAGGUCUGUGAGGACAUAUCAACCAGGUCCAUGGUGAGCUGAGGAGCGUGUCUCCCCACCAGGCUGAAGUUGGGAGGCCGAGGUAAUCCACGUGUCUGAUGAGCUGGUUGGUAUUUGGACUGGACUGUGACCAUGUUGCAAUGGUGGGUAAUUCCUGAGAGCAAGCUGUGCUGUCCAAAUUCAUUGGCAACCCUCAGAGGUGGUCCCAAAUGGUGUGCAACUGCCAUUUAAUUAACAGUGUAGCUAAACUAUGGUACUUAUAGCAGCAGAAACGAAAUGCUAUGCGAUUGUGCUAAGGGGAAAAUGCCCCCCAGGUGUGCUCCAGGCCUGUGCAGAGCGGACGCUGGGUGGUGCCUGCCAUGGGUCCCAGGUCUCCUCACAGUGACCAGGGACGCCGAGUUCAGUUACAUACACUGUGGAACCAGCAAUGGUCACCCCCUCCCCCUACAAGGCCCCAAGUCUCCCAGGCACUCAGGCCCUGGUUCCUAAACCCCUGUGACCAGAGAAGCUACACCCUCUGAUUCCCUGUCCCUGUGCCACAGGGAGAGCCUGUCACAGAGCAGUUGACUGUCCCCAGGGCAUCGCAGGACGGCUAGUCAUCUCCCCACGUCUCCCGCUGCCCAGGACGCCGGCCUUCCCGUCUGUGCCUCUCAGUCCCCUGGGUGGAGGAGUUGGGCAGACGCAGGGGGCUGGUGGGGGGCUGGCGGCUGAGGCUGGUGUCAGAUAUGAUCCCAGAGAGCAGAUCACCGGGAACAUGGUUGCCGUGGCAACUGGCUGCUCAUUUGAAUUAAGAGAGCAGUGUUUGUCACCUCCACGACAAGGCCUCCAUCUCCAGGUGCAGGGCCCUGCUGUCUCCUAAUCUAGUGCAUCCGCUCCAGCUCCGGCCACGGAACACCCGGACGCACCUCUCAGCUGCUUCCAAAGCCUCAGACCCAGGACACGCAAGCCCUGAGCGAGGCCUCUCUUUUCCCCACCCAGCCUCCCCCAUGACCCUCCCUGGGGCACCUACAACAGUGCCAGGGGCAGGAGAGGCCCUCACAUGCCUGUCGAAUAAAGGGGCAUGAAAGGAGCCCAAGGCAUCCUCUCUCUCUCUCUCUCUCUCUCUCUCUCUCUCUCUCUCUCUCAUCUUCUCCAUCCCCUCUUGUCCUGGCUCCAUCCCUUCCUUCAUCUCCAUUUUCGCUCCUUUCCUUCCCAGCCUCUGUCCCAGAACUGCCUCUGGCAACAGGGGUGCCUCUGAGGGGAGCCUGCCUGGCCCCUCUUGGGGGGGUUUAAGCUAAUGAAGGACAACGAGGGAGUAAGGAAGGGGCGUCCUCCCCCAGCACAGGACUGGGGAGUCCCUCGAUGUGUACCCAACUCCAGCCAGCAUGGCCCCUGUCAGAGCAGGUCUUCCCCUGCUGCUGCUGCUGCUCUCCAGAGAUUCGCUCUCCUGUUUCUUGGGGGGAGGGAAGGCUAUGGAGAAAGGGUAGUCGCCCUUUCAAGAAGAAUAUAGUGGUCCAAAUUGUACAGUAUUUGUCAGUAUUUUUUUUUUCUGAAAAAUUCAAACACAUCAACAGAAAGACUGAUUUAAUAAAAUACUUU